AUGGGAGGCUUAACAAUCGGCCUUGUAGUGGCAUUAACUUUAGUUUUCAUCUUGAUAAUCGUUGUCAUCGUCAUCAUCGUUAAGAGAAGUUGGAAGUCCAAAGAAAGACUCGAUGGUUCAGCCCAGUUUGACAACAGGAUUUAUAACCAUCUAAACAAUAGACCUUGGACGGGUGACACAAAUGAAGGAAGUAAUGAAUUGUUUCCAAGGACAACUGUCACCGAACCGAAUCCUUACGAUUCGCUAGGACCGUGUUCACUGUCAACGUUUACAUCAGAUUAUGACAACUCACCUAAAACCAAUCAUCAAUGUGAUGGAGACCCACAAGACCGACAGAAAUGUGAUGACAAUCCAUACGCAUCACUGAGAGUGGCUGAUAUGUUAAAAUAUUCAAAUGUUGUUGAUCUGCCCACAGAUAAAACCGAAUCUUUAGGGGACGGCUACAUGGAAAUGCGUGGUAGCUGUAGUAGUGACAAUAUUGGCGACAUGUCGAAAGACGGAACAUAUCUGAGAAUGGAAUUUCAACCCGAAGGAACGGAAGAAGAUUCUAAUCAGACACUUAUUAGCUCGAACAACGAUGUUGAUGCAGAUCCUGUUUCGUAUGUAAAUAACGGUUAUGCGACACAUAUUUCUGUAUCGAAAUAA